AUGCCACCAAAGCGAAAACCAGCCGCACAUAAGAAGGCGACUUCAGCGACGAGCAGCAACAAGCGCCGCAAAACCGAAUCCGAUGAGAAUGCCGAAGUGGCGGGCACCGGAGACGAGGAACAACAACAACAGCAGCAGCAGAAGCAGGAGAACAGCCAGAGUGAAAACAACCUGAUGGGAACUGUGGACAAGAGCCAGGUGAGGGCGGCGCCGAACGGGGCGGACUGCAAUUUGAAAAUCGCCAGCUGGAACGUGGCCGGCAUCCGCGCCGUCCUCAAGAAGGCCGUCCUGCUGGAGUACCUGCGCGCCGAGGACGCCGACAUUGUCUGUCUGCAGGAGACGAAGUGCGCCCGGAAGGACCUGCCUGGUGAGUUGGCCAAUCUGAAGCAGUACCCCUUCAAGUACUACCACGACUCGACGAAGACGGCCGGCUACGCCGGGGUGGCCCUGCUCAGCAAGCGAAAGCCACUCUCGGUGGAGUACGGCCUCUCGGUGGCGGAGUACGACGUGGAGGGGCGGAUGAUCACCGCCACCUACGAGGACUUCAUCCUCGUCAACGCCUACAUUCCCAACGCCGGCCGCGGCCUGGUCCGCCUUGACUACCGAAUGCGCUGGGAUGAGGACCUCCGUCGGCAUCUGAAUCAGCUGGAGGCGAACAGCGGCGGCAAGCCGGUCAUCCUCACCGGUGACCUCAAUGUCGCCCACACGGAGAUCGACCUGGCGAACCCGAAGACGAACACAAAGACGGCCGGCUUCACGCCGGAGGAGCGGGCGAGCUUCAGCAAGACGCUGGAGGGCGGCGGCGGCUUCAUCGACAGCUUCCGCUUCCUCUACCCCGAGCUGAAGCACCAGUACACCUUCUGGUCGUACAUGCGGGCGUCUCGCUCGAAGAACGUCGGCUGGCGCCUCGACUACUUUGUCCUCUCGCGGCGGCUGGCGGACGCCCUCUGCGACAGUCAGAUUCGCAGCCAGGUGAUGGGCAGCGACCACUGUCCGGUGGUGCUCUACCUGGCACUGCCUAGUUCAUUGCCAGUGCAGUAG